AUGCACACCAAAGCUUUCCUUCUCUCAGCCGCUGCUGCCACUGCUACCGCAGCGACUACUACCGCCAACAGGUUCCCCUCGACCUGUAAUUCAAUGGUACUUCCCCUCUUGACCGGUUUCCCUGAACCCCCUGAGGCUCUCGGUACUCUCGUCAACUUUAGUGCCAGCACUCAGUGCUCUACCACCUUCCCCUCCUCUAUUACCUCUGAGAUUGCUAGUUACGGCUCCGCACUCCAGAAGUGGUACAGUAGCCACUCGGCCGAGAUCAAAAGUGGAAUGGCGUCCUGCUCGGAGAUUGGGGUGUUCACGGAGGUCGGUGGGUGUGGCAAGGCUCUCGUGGCGGCCAACACCGGCAAGGCUACGGGUGGUGCCUCCUCUGCAACUAUCACGAGCGCUGCUAGUGUGUCCGCUUCAGGCAGUGAAGCAUCCGUUACGGGCAGCCAGACUAAGGGCACUGCCAGUUCUUCCACCUCUGAGGGUAUUGGUGCCAGAGAGACUGGCAUGGCCGCUGCCGUAGUUGCUGCCGCCGGCCUCGUUGCCGCCGUUCUAUAA